GAUACGUACGGGGCAAAGUAAGCGUUGAAGCCCAGAAGCUUUCUAGCCUCUCCCGGAACUGGGCAGCCGCAUCGGCUGGACAUUACACCGUCAGGGUUUGGUCCAACAUGGCGGCGAACGGAUGGAAAUACUGAUGACAGUCCGAAAGAUCGCCUCGAUUUGUACGAUGGGCGCCAAUGCCUCUGCCUUAGAGAAGGAGAUUGGACCAGAACAGUUCCCCGUGAAUGAGCACUACUUUGGAUUGGUUAAUUUUGGCAACACGUGCUACUGUAACUCGGUGCUGCAAGCUCUCUACUUCUGUCGCCCAUUCAGGGAGAAGGUGUUGGCCUACAAGGUGCAGCCCCGACGCAAGGAGUCUCUGCUCACCUGCCUGGCUGACUUGUUCAACAGCAUCGCCACGCAGAAGAAGAAAGUGGGAGUCAUCCCUCCGAAGAAAUUCAUCUCACGGCUGAGAAAGGAAAAUGAACUGUUUGACAACUACAUGCAGCAAGAUGCCCACGAGUUCCUCAACUACCUCCUCAACACCAUCGCAGACCUGCUCCAGGAGGAGAAGAGCCAGGAGGGGCAGCAGAAUGGAAAGUUGGUGCAGAAUGGAGGUGGUGGAGGCGGCGAGGUAGUCGUACUAGGAGGAGGUGGAGAAGAAGGAGGAGGCGGAGGAGGAGGAGGCGGAGGCGGCGAAAGCGGGAAGGAAACGCAGCAGACAUGGGUCCACGAAAUCUUCCAAGGAACGCUAACCAACGAGACACGCUGCCUCAACUGUGAAGCAGUCAGCAGCAAGGAUGAGGACUUCCUGGAUUUGUCGGUAGACGUGGAGCAGAACACAUCCAUCACGCACUGCCUCAGGGGCUUCAGCAACACGGAGACUCUGUGCAGUGAGUACAAGUACUACUGCGAGCAGUGCCGCAGCAAACAGGAAGCCCAAAAAAGGAUGAGAGUGAAGAAGCUGCCGAUGAUCCUGGCGCUGCACCUCAAGCGCUUCAAGUACAUGGAUCAGCUGCACCGCUACACCAAAUUGUCCUACCGCGUGGUCUUCCCUCUGGAGCUCCGUCUCUUCAACACGUCAGGGGACGCCACCAACCCGGACCGCAUGUACGACCUGGUAGCAGUGGUGGUGCACUGUGGCAGUGGGCCCAACCGAGGCCACUACAUCACCAUCGUCAAGAGCCACGGCUUCUGGCUCCUCUUCGACGAUGACAUCGUUGAGAAAAUCGAUGCGCAGGCCAUUGAGGAGUUCUACGGCCUGACGUCGGACAUUUCCAAAAACUCUGAGUCGGGAUACAUCCUCUUCUACCAGUCUAGAGACUGAAGCGACCCGUCAUUGAGAACCAUGUCACAGCGGGCAUCAGGACAGACCAUUCUGGCCUUUUUUUUUUUUUUUUUACCCGCGAAGGCGGAGCUUAGUGCCACAUCGCUGGCUGGGAAUGGUAGAGACAUCCCAGCGGCCUCGAGGAAGACGGACGUGAGCUUUGCCCAAGCUCAGCAACUGACAGGACUCCUAUUCAAUGUGCAUAUUCAAGUGUGUGAAAUUAGCCGGGCGGGUUUCCGUUUAGCGACACGCUAAUGGCCCACGCGGCCCCUCCCUCCCAGGUGACUCCAAAGAGGUCCAAAGUGAACUUCCAAAGUCUUUGUGUUGCGUCUCACACACGUUAACAUCGCCGAAGGGCUUCUGGCAUGCCGCUGUUAACCCGACACGAAGUCGUUCCGUUGCCAAGCGGCAAACACUCGUGGGACGGCGACGGGUCCAAGCAGAGCACGACGGCAGUCGCGCUUCCUUCCACGCCUGCUGCACUGAACUGUACAGUAAACCCCCCAACCACCGCGCACAUUUUAGUUGACUCUGCUUUUUGCAGCAGGGUCAACAUUGCAAAAUGAGAAUGUGUUCUCCGUUGCCUUACCUCAACAAAUAAAGGUUCCAUCAAUCGACAAGCAUUCGGCUUUGGUGGCUUCAAAGUCAACACGUGCUAGCGAGCCACACGCUUGCACUCAAAGUGCACAAAUUUAAUCAAGUCAAAUGACAUUAUUUAAAUAUUCAUGUUAUGAUGAAUGUUUCACUUAUUUUACUUGAAUGUCACACUUGACGAAUGCCCCUGGUCUCCCAUUGUUGGAUAUGUGAGACUUUUUUUUUCUUUUGGUGAGAGUGCAUGUGUAAAUAUAUCAAGUGGUUAUCGGAAGCGAUAAUAAAUGUUCGCUUGAAAUUAAA